CGCGCCAAACGAGUAGUCUAACGAGAAGUUAACUCUCUCUCUCUCUCUCUGUCUCUCUCUCAGCUUGGCUGGGCUGGCACGUACCGGAUAGAAAGGAGGGAUUCCAGGAUCCGGUUGACUUGUUUGUGUAGGAUUAGGAUCUUCCACAUAAAUACAAGACAAAUACAAAGUCUCCCUUUUUACCGUCCGCCUAUUGCUCUGCUCUUGCUCUCGGAUUCUCAAAGACGGAGAAUACUAAAGCGAAAUCGGCCUACAGAGACAGAUAAGGAGAGAGAGAGAGAGAGAGAGAGAGAGAGGAACACUUUUCUCUGUGAAAUUGGUUCGGAAAAUUAUUCAAUUUCCCCACCUCCCUUCUAUCAGGCUGGUAAUCUUGUGAUUGUGCGGCUAUGGCUGUCACCGUGAAGCAGAUGUCAUUGACAGUGGCCUUUUUCGGUGUGCUCUCGUUCGUUUUAGGAGUGAUUGCCGAAAACAGGAAGCCUGCAUCUGGAACUCCAAUUCCAGGGAAAGGUGUUGUGUUCUGCAAGUAUCCUCCUGACCCAUCAGUUGUCCUGGGAUAUCUGUCUUUUGCCUUCCUCCUGGUAUCUACAGUGGCUGGGUUCUUGUCAUUGUUUUACCCAUAUAAAGGAAAGGCCCUCCCACAGGCCGCUUUGUUCCGAAGCACUAGUUUUGUUGUAUUCUUCAACAUUUCUCUGCUUACAGCCGGACUAGCUGCAGCUCUGUUGCUAUGGCCCACAAUAACCGAGCAACUUCAUCGAUCACGAAAUGUUCAUCGUAAUCUUGAUACUGCUUGCCCAACUGCUAAGACUGGACUCCUAGGUGGCGGCGCUUUUGUAUCCCUUGAUGCAUCACUGUUGUGGUUGGUUGCCCUUAUGUUGGCUGACAAUGCCCGAGAGGAUUACUUCGAGGAGAUUGAAGAGGAUGUUAAGGGUGAGUACGGACAAGUUUCUGCAACUGAUUAUGAUGGACGUGUGAAUGUGAAAGGAAGUGCUUGAAUUAUGUUCCCUUCGCAAGAGGCACUUGGAUGUCUCUUUGUUUCGUUCGGACGCUUACAUUUCAUAUAUAUGCUCAUAAGCUUGUGUGUCAAGCAACUUUAUGUAGUGAAAAUGAAUGUAGAUGCUAUUCGACAUUGUUCAGUACUUUCUGUUUGUGGUUGUGGAUUUGGCAAACUGAAGCAUAUGAAUAGACUUUUUAAUUUCGCCUCUUCAA